AUGCCUAAUGGCAUCAUCACCUCUCUCUCCGCUGAGAAUUCAACAUCACUCUUUUUGAAGAAUGUUGGAUUCUUCAAUGUUAAGACUGCCAUCAUAGACACAUACGAUGUUUCCCGGAAACACAUGGUCCUUGUAAACGUUGUCAUCGCCUGGGAAAAGAAUGUGGAGCUCAACUACCUGGAACCCAUCGCCGUGAAAAGAAAUCAGCCGCAAAUGGCUCCUAGAGAUGUUGCUACACUCGAGGCUAAAUUAGACCGCAUGGUUGCCAUGCUGGCAGCCUCGGAACAAAAUUCCAGAGAACGACUAGGAAGUGGCCCAGCAACGGAAUCAUCAUCUACCUUUGAACAUAACAUCGCUGCUCCCGAUGAAGCCGAAGACCAGCUGUGGAUGGAAGUGUUCUUUGAGAAAAUGCUCCCGCUCUUUCCAUUUCUCGUGAUCCCUCCGCAUGUCACCGCAGAGGAACUGCGACGAGAGAAACCAUUCCUCUAUCUGAAUAUUUCAAUGGUCGCGUGCCAAAACCCUCCACGCCAGCGACAAAUCGUGGACGCAGGCCUUCUACUCAAUGUGGCUUGGUUCAUCUCAGUCAGUCGUUUCCCGAGACCUAAUGAACCUCCCCUCAAUGUGCCCAAAACCGAAGAGCCUCAUCAUGUCAUUCGAAGCACCACCCAACUCGAUACAAAUAUACACUUACUCGUGGCACAAUCCGUCAGCUUGGGCCUGAAUCAAGAGAUGGCUUACCAAAAAAGCCUGAACUAUCCCUUGACUUAUUUAAAGGAUACUAUAAAUGAGGACCAUCAUAAUCCGGUCCGCACACUAGAAGAGAGACGCACCUAUCUUGGGUGUUAUUAUCUAAUUACCAUGCUCUCGACAUGUGUUAAAGACUUGGGGUCGAUUAUUCGCUUUACAAAAUACACAGACGAAUGCUGCAAUGUUCUAGACCAGAUCGCUGAAUAUCCCACAGAUGCCUCUAUGGUACAGUUAGUGCGAGCGAUGAAUGUCGCAGAUAGGAUCCAUCACACACUAUACCAGACCGAGCUCUACUCUUCGUCUGUUUCAUCAGCACCUCCGUCUCUUGGACUAAGCAUACGAUGGCUCGAGGCCGAGCUUAAGCAACUCAAAGCUCACAUGCCGAGCGAGUCACCGCACUCUGCCUUUUUGAAGCUUCAUUAUGAUACAGUCGAGAUAAAUCUUUAUCGAAUUGCCCUCAACACUGACGCCUCCAAAUCAAACUACGGUGAUCACCCUCUCAUGCAAUUGGAUUUUCUUUUCCGCUGCCUGCAAGCGACAACCUCCUUUUUCCAAACCAUCCGCUCUCUCCCCUCUGCCCUGUUCCCUUUCUUCCCUUUCACCACGACCUGUCAAUUCGGAAAGGCAAUCGUCGCUCUUUCCCAACUUUCUCUUUAUGAUCACCCCGGAUGGGACCGAGCAUACGUCGAAAGCACAAUAGACCUCGACCAGACCGUCGAUGCUAUAGCUUCCAAAUUUGAAGUAGAACUUCCGCUUUACGAACAGGCCCGUGCACAGGAUCCAAAGUCGACUGAAUUGCCGGAGGUAUUUGGAAGGAUGAGGAAUCGCGCGCAAAUGAUUAAAAAUAUGCAUCGGCGGAGAAAAGAUGCACUCGAACAAAAAUCCCUGUCUUCCACUGUCGCCCCGAUGGCCAACGACUUCAUGAUGGAUUCGCCCCUCGAUCUGCUGUUUCCUUUUGGUGAAAUUCCACCCAUGUAUGGACAAUACAUGUAG